UUUCAGUGCUACUUUCAGUUCCUUGUCGUAGGAUGGGACGCUUAGGAGAACACGGUGCUUUUCAUGAAACUGACCACACACUGGCACCUGACUGUGGAUCCCAUAGCAACACCGAGUCAGACCGAGAUGCGAAUAAUGACGAGAUAUCACCAAAGCCUGCCGAACUCACUGAAGGUGUUAUAGGAUCGAGCGACGAGGAGCCGGCUGCCGGCGAAGGUCUUUCCGAAGAGGUUUACGAAGUAGAGAAAAUUUUGGACCGAAAUGAAGUCAACGGCGAACUUUUCUAUCUGGUUCGCUGGAAAGGAUUCGGUCAAGAAGAUGAUUCGUGGGAACCUGUAGAAAACUUAUCGCUUGCUGUGAAGGCUAUCAGCGAGUUUGAAGAACACAGGAAAUCAAAAAAGGGAAAGAAAUCUAAGACUCCUAAAUCGAAAGGGAAGUGCCCAAGAAAUCCAGAGAAACCUCAGGGCCGAUCUAGCGUCUCCAAAGAUCAAAAGGAAAGUUCAUCAAGCAAGAAGAAAUCAAAGUCCUUUCUUGAUGACAAGACCGAGUCUGAGCCUGAGACGCCAUCGGAGGAUGACGACGAUGAGUACAUGGAUAAGAAAUCUUCUGCGAAGAAGUCUACGCGGGCGUCAGCUUAUUCAGGAACUGUCACCAAAGCAGCGUUGAAAUCUUAUUCUCCCACCACUACCAAAGUUUCCAACAAUACACCGACAAGUGCUCGCAUACAAACUGUGGAUACAAUGACAGCGGCCAAGAAGGCUCUGCAAAUGCGCCAGUCAUGGCUUUAUGAUAGCGAUUCCGACGAUGAUUCUGCUCCCGAAAAAGAGAACGAGAAAACCCGGGACGAAGCAAAGGAGAAACAAAAAAGUUCUGCGAAUGACGUGGAUAAGCCAAAGGCAGAGGAGGCUGAAAAGUCGAGUGAACGCAAACGUAAGGUAGAGGACAACAGCGCGGAGAAGAAGAGGAAGAAGUCCAAGGUCGAGACUGUGAGUACUCUCGAUAAACCUAGUAUUGAAGAAGAUGUAUGGCAGAAGGUACAGAAUGGUGCAACAGCAGCUCCAUCCACUAGUGAGGAUGGUCCGCAUCUGGAUCAGCCUGAAAUCGUCGCACUCGCUCAGGAUAAAGACGGUCGAGUUAGAGUACUGAUUGGUCAAGACGGCGUGAAGAAAGUGGUUUCGUUGCGAGAUGCCCAUGACGCUAACUCCUGGGGACUGGUGCAACACAUCCUCAAAUUCGCUCGCUUCACAGAUUUUGGACACUAAUGACAAUUCAUAUCAUCCAUUCCAUUUUUGCAAAUCAUCUCAGCGUCAAGUAACCAUUUAUUUGAGAUAUCUCGUUUUUGCGACUCUUUUGUUAACCUCACAGUAUCUAGUAGUCUCUACUAAUAUGGUAUGUUACAUACCAGCAAUUUUCGUGUUUGUGUAAAUGCUACAAGCCUACUCACAUCACAACUAUGCAUAGUUUUUGUUUUGUCAAUUUAUUUGUGUAGGAGCAACAGCUGUGACGAUGUGAGCGCAUCAUAAGAGUAAUUAGCGAAAGGUGUAUGACAGUAUCGUGAUCCCAAAAAUUCCUGGAACUAUCUGAGAACGCUCUUCUGC